AUGCUGUUCAUUGACUACAGCUCAGCGUUUAACACCAUAGUGCCCUCUAAGCUCAUCGCUAAGCUAACAACCCUGGGACUGAACACCUCCCUCCGCAAGUGGAUCCUGGACUUCCUGACGUGUCGCCCCCCAGGCGGUGACAGUAGGCAACAACACAUCUGCCACGCUGACCAUCAACACAGAUGCCCGAGGCUGAAAAGAUUUGGCAUGGGCCCUCAGAUCCUCAAAAAGUUCUACAGUUGCACUAUUGAGAGCUGCUUAACUGGCUUCAUCACCUCUUGGUACGGCAACUGCACGGUACCCGACUACAUGGCGCUGGGGCCGUGCUCCCUGCCAUCCACGACUUCUAUACCAGGCGGUGUCAGAGCUUCCCCUAACACCUGUGGUUACUUGAAGAGAAGAGGACAAGUGUCUACUUUGAGAAACCUGAGAUAUGGCUUUUUCUUUGCAACUCUGCCUAGAAGGCCAGCAUCCCGGAGUUGCCUCUUCACUGAAAAUGAGGAGUACAGACGCAUCAUCUCCCAGCGCUGCCUGGGCUCCUUCAAUGCCUCCAAGCCCCGUGGCGGCUCUACCUUCUUACCCAUGCUUGGGGAUAAUGAUCUGCCCACCACCAUGGACUGGAGGGACAAGGGCUAUGUCACCUCCAUCAAGGAUCAGAAGGAUUGUGGCUCCUGCUGGGCUUUCAGCACGACUGGCUCUCUGGAAGGCCAGCACUACAGGAAGACCAAUAAGCUGGUGUCCCUCAGUGAGCAGCAGCUGGUUGACAGCUCCGGCAAGAUCGGCAACAUGGGCUGCAUGGGCGGUCUCAUGGACCAGGCCUUCGAGUACAUCAAGUUCUUGGCCCCUGGAGGCCUGGACACAGAGGACUCCUAUGCCUACCAUGCUGAGGACAAGAAGUACCACUACAAGCCAGACAGUCUGGGUGCCACCUGCACCGGGUACGUUGACAUGACCAGUGGUGACGAGAGCGCCCUGCAGCAGGCCGUGGCCACCGUCGGACCUGUGUUUGUAGCCAUUGAUGCUGCUAUUGAUGCUGUCUUUUAAAACAUUUUUUAGACAUGCCUCUUUCCAGAUGAAUAAGGUGUCUAUGAUGAGCCAGACUGCAGCAGCGAUCAGCUGGAUCACGGUGUGCUGGCUGUGGGCUAUGGCACUAGUGAUGAUGGCCAGGACUACUGGCUGGUGAAGAACAGCUGAGGCCUUGACUGGGGAGAUAAGGGCUACAUAAUGAUGUCCAGGAAUAAGCACAACCAGUGUGGCAUCGCCACGGCUUCCAGCUACACGCUGGUCUAAGGAACCGUAUCCUGUGAACUGUAUCUCUCUUGAUGGAUUGGACAUUAUGCUGGAUUUGAAGCAGAAGAUGACUCAAGGGGAGCUGAAUGGCAGUUUGAUCAUGACAACACUCCUCCCACAGGCUGUGCAAAAACUAAAACAGGAAGCUCCCGUGCUUAUGGUCUAGCCAACACUGUUCUAACCAAUCGGAUUCCACGCUUCAAGAUUGCUUCGAUCACAUGGACUGGGAUAUGUUCCGGGUAGCCACAGAUAAUAACAUUGACGUAUACGUUGAUUCGGUGAGCGAGUUUAUAAGGAAGUGUAUAGGAGAUGUUGUACCCAUCGUGACUAUUAAAACCUUCCCUAACCAGAAACUGUGGAUUGAUGGCAGCAUCCGCGCAAAACUUAACACGUACUACUGCAUUUAAACAUGCCGAGGUGACUGGAAAUAUGGCCGAGUACAAACAGUGUAGUUAUUCCCUCCGUAAGGCAAUCAAACAAGCAAAGUGUCAGUAUAGAGACAAAGUAGAGUUGCAAAUCAACGGCUCAAACACGAGACUGUGGCAGGGUCUACAGACAAUCACCAAUUACAAAAAGAAAACCAGCCCCUUUUUGCUUCCCGACAAAUUAAAAAAUUCUUUGCGCGCUUAGACGACAAUAUAGUGCCACCGACGCGGCCCGCUACCAAAGACUGUGGGCUCUCCUUCUCCAUGGCCGACGUGAGCAAAACGUUUAAACAUGUUAACCCUCGCAAGGCUGCCAACCCAGAUGGCUUCCCUAGCUGCGUCCUCAGGAGCAUGCGCAGACCAGCUGGUUGGUGUAUUUACGGACAUAUUCAAUCAAUCCCUAUCCCAGUCUGCUGUCCCCACAUGCUUCAAGAUGGCCACCAUUGUGGAAAGCUAAGGUAACUGAACUAAAUGACUAUCGCCCUGUAGCACUCACUUCUUUUAUCAUGAAGUGCUUGAGAGACUAGUCAAGGAUCAUAUCACCUCCACCCUACCUGUCACCCUAGACCCACUUCAAUUUGCUUACCAAACUCAUCAUUAAGCUUGAGACCCUGGGUCUCGACCCCGGCCUGUGCAACUGGGUCUUGGACUUCCUGACAGGCCGCUCCCAGGUGGUGAGGGUAGGAAACAAUAUCUCCACUCCGCUGAUCCUCAACACUGGGGCCCCACAAGGGUGUGUUCUCAGCCCCCUCCUGUACUCCUGUUCAUCCACGACUGCGUGGCCACGCACACCUCCAACUCAAUCAUCAAGUUUGCGGACGACACAACAGUGGUAGGCUUGAUUACCAACAACGACGAGACGGCCUACAGGGAGGUGAGGGCCCUCAGAGUGUGGUGUCAGGAAAAUAACCUCACACUCAACGUUAACAAAACUAAGGAGAUGAUUGUGGACUUCAGGAAACAGCAGAGGGAACACCCCCUAUCCACAUCGAUGGAACAGUAGUGGAGAGGGUAGUAAGUUUUAAGUUCCUUGGCAUACACAUCACAGACAAACUGAAAUGGUCCACCCACACAGACAGCAUCGUGAAGAAGGCGCAGCCGCGCCUCUUCAACCUCAGGAGGCUGAAGAAAUUCAGCUUGUCACCAAAAGCACUCACAAACUUCUACAGAUGCACAAUCGAGAGCAUCCUGUCGGGCUGUAUCACCGCCUGUUACGGCAACUGCUCCGCCCACAACCGUAAGGCUCUCCAGAGGGUAGUGAGGUCUGCACAACGCAUCACCGGGGGCAAACUACCUGCCCUCCAGGACACCUACACCACCCGAUGUCCCAGGAAGGACAUAAAGAUCAUCAAGGACAACAACCACCCGAGCCACUGCCUGUUCACCCCGCUAUCAUCCAGAAGGCGAGGUCAGUACAGGUGCAUCAAAGCUGGGACCGAGAGACUGAAAAACAGCUUUUAUCUCAAGGCCAUCAGACUGUUAAACAGCCACCACUAACAUUGAGUGGCUGCUGCCAACACACUGACUCAACUCCAGCCACUUUAAUAAUGGGAAUUGAUGGGAAAUGUUGUAAAAUAUAUCACUAGCCACUUUAAACAAUGCCACCUAAUAUAAUGUUUACAUACCCUACAUUAUUCAUCUCAUAUAUAUAUACUGUACUCUAUAUCAUCUACUGCAUCCUUGUAAUACAUGUAUCACUAGCCACUUUAACUAUGCCACUUUGUUUACAUACUCAUCUCAUAUGUAUAUACUGCACUCAAUACCAUCUACUGUAUCUUGCCUAUGCCGCUCUGUACCAUCACUCAUUCAUAUAUCUUUAUGUACAUAUUCUUUAUCCCCUUACACUUGUGUCUAUAAGGUAGUAGUUUUGGAAUUGUUAGCUAGAUUACCUGUUAGAUACUGCUCCACUGUCGGAUCUAGAAGCAUAAGCAUUUCGCUACAAUUGCAAUAACAUCUGCUAACCAUGUGUAUUUGACCAAUAACAUUUGAUUUGAUUAAAGAUUAAGUAAAACAUUAACCAA